UCUGCCUCUAUAUAAGACAGAGCAGAGGCGCCUCUCAGACCAGGUUCAGCUCCUCUCUGUCCUCCAGCACACGGCUGCUCCUCUCCCUCUCUGUCCAUCUCUUUCCUCCUGCCUCUGCAUCCAUCCAGCUGGGAUCCAGUGAGGGAACCAUGAAGACUCUGUCUGCUGUUCUGUUCCUGGUGCUGCUCUGCUCUGUGCAGCUCGUCUACAGCAAUACACCAGGUCUUUCUGUUCCCUGUUGCAUGGAUUAUUACCACAAAAGAAUCCCACUGAGUCAGAUUGUCUCCGUCUCCGAGACCAGCAGCAGCUGUCCCAAAAGAGCAUUAGUGUUUGUUACCAACAGAAACCGGUCUUUCUGUGUAAAUCCAGAGAAGGCCUGGGUCAGUAACCAUGUCAGAAAAUUGGACAACAGCAAGAACACUGAGGAACAACAACAUCCACAAAAACAGCUGAGACCAUCAAUCACAGCACCAACCUCCAGUCUAACACUGAAGGACUGACCAGAAGAGGAGAUGAAACCCGAUGUCAGAUUUUUAACAUCAGCUGAUAUUUUAUUUUGUCUAUUUUUUCAUGUUUUUGUUGGAUAUAUUUAUGCUAUCUUCAUUUGCUUGGGUAAUAUACAGAUGUAUUUAUAUUUGUCUGUGUGCAUGGAAUUCAUGUUUUCGGUUUAUCCCCAACUAUGAAUAAAUAUUUUUGCAUAAA